GCGCCGCGCCGCUCCAUGGCCGCCACGCAGCUGCGCGUGGCCCCGCCGCCGCGGCUGCUGCAGCCGCUGGCCGUGCCGCAGCGGCUGCUGCUGGGGCCRGGGCCCAGCAACGCGCCGCCUCGCGUGCUGGCGGCCGCGUCCCACCAGCUCCUGGGCCACAUGCACCCCGAGAUACUGCAGGUCAUGGAUGAGAUCAAGGCCGGCAUCCAGUACGCCUUCCAGACACGCAACGCGCUGAGCCUCGCCGUCAGCGGCACCGGCCACUGCGCCAUGGAGGCCGCCCUGCUCAACGUGGCUGAGCCGAGCGACAGCGUCCUCGUGGGCCUCAAUGGCAUCUGGGGCGAGCGCGCCGCCAAUGUUGCUGCCAGGCUGGGUGCCACCGUCCACGAGCUGCGGAAGCCGCCGGGCGAGUACUUCACCCUGCGGGACAUUGAGGAGGGUCUGGUGCGGCACAAGCCCACGGUGCUCUUCCUCACACAUGGCGAGUCCUCCACGGGGGUGCUGCAGCCACUGGAAGGACUGGGCGAGCUGUGCCACCGGCACGGCUGUCUGCUGCUCGUGGACUCGGUGGCGUCACUCGGUGGGGCACCCAUCCUCAUGGACCAGCAAGAGAUUGACAUCCUGUACUCGAGCCCUCAGAAGGUCCUCGGUGCYCCGCCGGGCUCUGCCCCCAUCUCGUUCAGCGAGCGAGCCAGGGAGAAGAUGCUGAGAAGGAAGACGAAGCCUCCCUCCUUCUACCUGGACAUGCUCUGCCUGGGAAGCUACUGGGGCUGCGAAGGCCCAUCACGAAUGUACCACCACACAGCACCCAUCCAAAGCCUCUACUGUCUGCGGGAGGGCCUGGCGAUGCUGGCUGAGCAGGGCCUGGAAAAGUCUUGGGUCCGUCACCGAGCCAACUGCAUCUCCCUGUGCCAGGGGCUGCAGGAGCUGGGGCUCGAGCUCUUCGUGAAGGAAGAGAAGGCCAGGCUUCCCACCGUCACCACCGUCAAGGUGCCUGAGGACUGCGAUUGGAAGGAGAUUGUGACCUACGUCAUGGACAAGCACAACAUUGAGAUCACUGGAGGCCUGGGCCCCACAGCCGGCAAGGUUUUCCGGAUUGGCCUCAUGGGUUACAACUCGACCGCAGCCAACGUGGACCGGGUGCUGCAGGCUCUGCGAGACGCCCUCCAGCACUGUCACCGCAGCAAGCUGUGA